AUGUCGUCCGUGAAAGACCAGUUUCACCAGCUGGUGAAUCAGGUAGAAACCCAAAUUGCUGCAAGUGGGUUGAGACAAGACUCUCAAGAAUUUCAAGAACUUUUAACAAGCAACAUCGCACAGUUUCUGGAAAUAAAAAACUUGGUAUUUUCCAAACUGGCGCUUUUCAGUGAUAAUGAAGGGCUCGAAGACGUUAGCACUUCUUCGAUGCCUCUACUGGCGAUUGACUAUCACCUAGCAUGGCUUCUCUCUAAAAAGCAAGCAUUUCAGUUGGACGACGUAAAAAGCAGGAAUCGCAUAAGGCUCAAAUUUCUUCGCAAGUCGGUACAGCUGUACAUGCAGUUGUUAAUAUCCUUACAGAACUAUGGAAUUCUCAGUAAAGGGCUAUCCAAAAAACUUGAUAGUAUGGACGAUCCCUACGACCCGAAACUUGAGGACCUAUAUCCACAACCAAGUGACGCAAAAGAUCUAUCAUCCGCGCAGCUAAAGAGACAACAGAAAAUCGAGGCUUUUCAGCACGAUAAAGAGCUAGAGUCCAAGCUCAAUGCCUUGGAAUCGAGAAGAAUUAAGGAUACAUCUGCAGGCGAUGAUGAACUAGUCAGGGACUUGCUGAAGACUAAGCUGCAACAGAUUGCAUCAAAAGCUGUACACGAGACAGAGCAGGUACUCUUCGAAAUCGAGCUGCUCUCUAAUUUUGUCGCAAGUCCAGAUUUACCUCCUGCAAACGACGCCAGCGCGAUCGCGGGAGAGAAAACGAGCCCUCUGCAAUAUACCGAGAAGUUAGAAGCACUUAACAAGCCACUGAUAUCUAAAACUGGCAAAGUGCUUCGCAAUUUCACGCUUGUAGAUCAGAAAGCCCAGCUCAACAAGAAAGUUUUUGGAUUCGGCCAAUAUGGUCCCACAAUGUCAGUGGAGGAAUUCCUUGAUCAAGAGUUUGAAAAUGGACGUGUCCUUCAGGGCGGUGAAGAGCAGGUGCCCGAGCAUGACGAAGACAAUCAAGACUGGCAGGAUGAACAGACUUACAAAGCUCGGGACUGGGAUGAGUUCAAGGAAACUCAUGCCAAGGGUAGCGGUAACACUAUGAAUCGCGGUUGA